CGCUGACUUAAAGGAGGUUUCGCUCCAGCGCUGGGGUUGCAUGUGCAAAAUUUACCAAGGGGGUGUCAGGAAUUUCAAUCUUUGCUUCCAAAACAGACUGGCAGCAUGGGGGUCGACGCGAGGAAGGCACUCUAUUUUCUAGCAUCUUCACUUUGAGACUUGGGACAUACGAGAGGCCGUAAGGUCUCCUCCCGCCUAACUCUCGCCACGGAGUGACAUGCAAACGGUCCUUGUGCGAAAGUCGCUUGGCUCAGGGAAAAUCUUCCACACUGGUGCUGUCUGUGGGAAUGCCUGAGGGAAAGUAAACGGGAUUAUGUUGGCUGCGACGUUCACGGCGGCACUAAUUUAUCUCACGGUGCAAAAUAGCGGUGCCUUGGCCUUGGGCACUGCAUGCUGGAACGAGAGGUUGACACGGGCGGGCAGACACGGCAGUUGUGUUGUUUCGCAGCCUUUUCUGAUCUUCGGCCAUGGUAAAGCCAUACACAGGAUGGACCUGGACGGGAAGAACCAGAGACGCCUGGUGGCUGGGGUGGCAUCUUCCAUCCUGCUUGAUUUCCAUUUCCGUGAAGAACGAAUCUACUGGGCAGACAAGCACGCUGGAAUCAUCUACAAGACGUCCGUGAGAGGCUUGCAAAGAGAGAAACUUUACUCAUCUGACAAACACAUCUCUGGCCUUGCAGUGGACUGGAUUCGGAAUGCCGUGUACUGGACGAGCAGGGAAAAGGGCAAAAUCAAGACGAUGGAUACAAACGGCAAAAGUGAAAAGACUCUUGUGAGGCACUUGACUCAGCCUAGCUCGAUUGUCAUCGACCCCACUAAAAGGUUUUUGUUUUGGCUAUCUGGUGGAAUGAUCCCAAGCGUCCAUCGGUGUGAUGUUAUAGGACAAGGUAAAGUGAGGCUGAUUAAAACCUCGCAGCAGUUGAAGGCACUGUCCAUCGACCACAGAGACAGAAGAUUGUUCUGGGUACAGUUUGGUCUGCAAGAAGAAAGUGCCAUCGCCUCCUCAGACUAUAACGGCAAAGCCCUACACAUCAUAGAUCAGCCCCUUCAGUCCGAUUCGCUGAGAAUAACACUUUUCUACAAGCAUGUGUAUUACACUGACGCUGCGUCCCGAGCAAUAAAAAGAGUCAACAAGUACACGGGCGGCGAGGGUUUUCACGUCAACUUAAAACAAAUGGCAAAGGUCCCGGUUGAUAUCAAAGUGGUUCAUCCUGACAAGCAGCCAACAGCCGACACGCCAUCACUGCUUCAAGGAUGUGACGAACAGAGUGGAAACUGCAUCAAUGUGUGCUCAAGUACAGCUGAGCAGGGAGUUUGUAAGUGCAGCGGAGGCUUUGCUCUCAGUAAGAAUGGCUUCUAUUGUGAAGAUGUGAAUGAAUGUGCCCACUGGAACCAUGGCUGCUCUCUUGGCUGUGAGAACACCCCAGGGUCUUAUUUCUGCACUUGUCCCAAUGGAUACGCCCUUCUACCGGAUAAAAAAACAUGCAGAGAGAUCAUAUCCUGUGAAGGCAACACCACUGAGUGUGGUCAUGGUUGCCUAGCAACUGAUGAGGGGCCCGUAUGUGUUUGUCCAAAGGGUUCUGUAUUAAACGAGGAUGGACAGGCUUGUACAGGAUGCUCCUCCGCAGACAAAGGAGGCUGUAGUCAGCUGUGCAUUCCUAUCUCCCCUACUAGGUGGCUAUGUGAUUGCCUGCCUGGCUAUCAGCUCCAUCAAGAUGGCAAGCGCUGCACUGCCUCUGGACCACCACCAUAUCUGCUUGUUGCCACUCUGGUGGCUGUGCAGACAAUAAACAGUGAUGGCACUGAGGGUCAAACCCUUGUGGAUGAGCCCAGAGGACCAAUUGGAUCUUUGGACUAUGACCCAGUGUCAAACCAUGUGUACUUUGCCAGCACAUCUCAGAAAAUCAUCGAACGGGUUCAUAUGAACGGCGGGUCCAGACAACGCCUUGUUACCGACGGUCCAGACUCGAGUAACGGGCUGGCUGUCGACUGGAUCCAUCGCAAGAUUUACUGGACUGUUAUGAGAAAGUCAGCAGUGGUCAGCAGUACCUUGGAUGGACUCAAUGUGACAACUGUAGUAAGCAGUGGACUCGACAAGCCAACAUCCAUCACAGUUCAUCCUCUGGAAAAGAAGUUGUUCUGGGCGGAUAUCGGACAUCAACCUAUAGUGGAAAGCUGCUCUUUAUAUGGGACGGACCGCACAGUGAUCGUGAAUACCAGCCUGGUGUCACCCGAAGGUCUGACCAUUGACUUCGCAGAUAGCCGUUUAUACUGGUGCGACGGAAGCAGGGUAGAGACGUGCGCUCUGGACGGUUCUAAGCGACGGAUCUUGCUAGAGAACCAUGUAGGCCAACCAUUUGACCUGGCCGUGUUCGAGGACAGGCUAUGGAUGGUGGAUAGGGAGCACCAGCAGCUGAUGAGCGUCCACAAGCGAACGGGGAGGGAACUGCAACGUCUCCUUGGUGACCUGGUCCAACCUGCGUCCCUUGUGGUGGUGCAUCCGCUUGCUAAACCAAAUACAGCAAGGUUAGACAACAAGCCCGUGGUUGUGACAUCACUCCCAGACAAAGCACUCAACGAUGAAAGCACACCGCAAACGCCAUCGAACAGAACUGCCGUGGACUCGGAUUUUGAAGCGAAGACAUUCACAGACAAGAUGGUGUCAGGCGAGCGCAAGUGUUAUUCGGCAGAGCCGUGCGAUCCAAAUGCCAAGUGUCGCCUUAAUGCCGGCAGCCCGACCUGCUCUUGUCUCGAAGGUUUCAUCGGUGAUGGACACAUGUGUGUGGAUUCACGCAAAAUGCCGCCAUCGAUGACGACCAGCCACCCUGGAAACUCUGUUGAGAGUUGCCCCUCCACCCAUGAGUCAUACUGCUUGUACCAGGGCAUCUGCUUCUACUUCCCUGAGGUGGAGUCCUACGCCUGCAACUGUGUGGCCGGCUACAUGGGUGAGCGCUGUCAGUUCAGUGACUUGGAAUGGUGGGAGCUGCAGCAGACCGAGGAGGAGAAGCGAAGGAACGUGGUCGUCGCCUCCUGCGCGGUGCUCCUGAUUUGCCUGCUUUCCAUCGCCGCCUGUCUCAUCUACUGCUACAGAACUCGAGGACUCUUUCUCAAGCAGCCUUCAGCAGAUAACGUGAGUGAGACCAGUGUGGCAGAUGAGGACGUGUUGGGGAUUGCAAAAGAUGGCAUCCAGGAGGUGUCCAUGGCGGUAAAUAACGGCCCCAAAGGAAGCAUCCUCCCGACAACGGGUUGUCCUAGGAGGGCAGUAUGUCCAUCCUGCUCAUCAGAAACAGGAGACAACCAGUCCGAAGAAUCGGAGACCUGGUCCAAACACAAUCAGGCGUACGAGUGUUCCAUGGUGUCUGCUGCUGCGAUGGAGGCCAACCAGAUAUCCCGCCACAGCUCAAGUCAAUCGCCAGACCCCAACCUCCAGACGCAACUCCCAAGUGUAAAGUUGGCUGCUUCCUGCACAGUUUAAGUCUUUCAUUACCUGCUUCUUUCACCAGGGGCUACACAAUGGCGUUGACUGAAUUUGUUCUAUAAAGUUCUGUAUUAACUUCCCAUAUCUGAAUAACUCAACCAACAUUCCAGAAUUUGUAUUCAUAACAGAGUGUCGUAGAAAACCAAUGGGUGGAAAAUAAUGAUAUUUUUGGAAUGCUUGGUCAUUUCUGAUAUAGUAUCCUGUUUAACUAAUGGGUAAAACCCAUAUUUUUUUAUCAUCCUAUUAGACAGUAGAUCUUGGAUGCGCAACAUUGUACGAUAUAAACUUUUAGCAUUUAUAAGCAAUAACACACAACUGUCACAUAAAACUUGUAUAGACUUCCAUUAAUAAAACUAUAAUCACAAAUUCUGAUUACUGAA